CACAGCUGCCGUUGGCCGUUGUGUUCGUUGGCUGCGCUAUGUUGUAGCCGCGAUGGAGAAUCGGGUGGUCUCUCCCGGACCUUAUCGCGCCACCAAGCUGUGGAAUGAAGUUACUAAAUACUUUCGGGCACAAAUGCCACAAAAGAAACACAGACAACACUUUAGAAAAUAUGGAAAUUGUUUUACUGCUGCCGAAGCAAUCGACUGGCUUCAUGCAUUACUCAGGAAUAAUAUUAAUUUUGGUCCAGAAGUUACUAGGCAGCAAACUAUUCAGCUGUUAAGGAAAUUUCUUAAAAAUCAUGUGAUUGAGGACAUAAAAGGAAGAUGGGGUUCAGAAAAUCUGGACGACAAUCAUAACUUGUACAGAUUUCCUUCAGCUUCCCCUGUUAAAAUUUUGCCACGUCGAUAUCCAUUGAAAGAAACCCUGCAUAAUGUACCCAAAAAAACAGAAAGCAUGUUUAAAUUACCUCAGUACUCCAAGAGAACUCCUAAAAAACAUAACCUUCAGGAAUGUCAGAACAACAAAGAAAAUGUGAAAUAUGAAGAUGAUAAACAAUGGGUAGCGAAUGAUAGACAAAUAACUCAAGCAGAUAUAGAAGAAAUUUGGAGAAACAUUGUUAUGAUACAUUUGCAAACAAUUUUAGGUAUACCUUCUUUAGAACACAUCUUGCAUCCAGCACAAAUAAUUCCUCGCUACAUAAUAUAUAACAUGACUAAUACAACCAAACAUGGAGUUGUUUUUCUGCAAGAUAAAUCAGAAGAUUUUCCUCACUGGGUAUUGUCAGCUAUGAAGUGUUUGGCAAACUGGCCUAGAUGUAAUGACCUGAGUCAGCCAACAUACACGGGUUUUGAGCGAGAUGUGUUCAAAACAGUUGCUGAUUAUUUUCUUAGUCUCUCUGAACCUUUGCUUACUUUUCAGUAUUAUGAAUUAUUUGUGAAGAUCUUAGUUUUGUGUGGCUACAUCACAAUCCCAAACAGAUCCAGUGGAAAUGUUGGUAUCCAGAACGAUUUGGUACAUUCAAAACCUUGCCAUUUAAACUCGUUCAAGUCAACCGAAUAUCUUCUGCUAAGUUUGCUUCAGCGUGACACUGACAAAGAAGAUGAAUCUGAGACUUCUGAUAAAGGUUCUAAAAGGCAUUCAAAUGAAAUAGGAUGCAGUAUGAAUUUUCAGCACCAUAACAUGACUUGUAAAAGUGGUACUGUUCAUGUACAAAAAGGUGGCAGUUGUCAGAAUCUUUCACAACUGAAAAAUGAACAAGCUCUGCCUCUGAGGCUUAAGGCAAGGUGUCACUCUUUGGAGGGAAUUGCAGAUACAACCUCAAGCAAUUGUAGUAAACAAUUUUCUCGAUCUGGAAUACAUAUUGUGCCACUGACAAGUAAUGAGAACAAACUCUUGCACUGUGAGAGUAAACCAGUCUCUGCAUUGGAUCUAUGUUUGGAUAACAGUGAAAAACAGACUCACGGCUUCAAGGAAGUUCCUGCAUCAAGUGUUCCUGACCGAGAGAAAUCUAGUGGCAACCUGGAAUCAAAGCAACUUUGUCAGUCUCGGAGUCUAUAUGGAAUUAAAAACUCCAGACAGUGUGCCAUGCACGCUCCAGUUGCAGAGAUCACAGUUAAACCACAUCGAGUAAACCUUGGUCCCAAAACUCAAAGCACUAGCCAACUGGCUCUUAAAACAGGAAGUAAAUAUGUGGGUUCUGAUAUGGCCAUCAAAAAAAGAUUCCACAAAAGUGCAACACAGCUUUCAGAAUACAUGUUUUCUCCCAGCUUCUUUAUGCUGACUGGCAGAUCACAUUUGUUGCAGCCUCAUUUAGAAAGAGUUGCAAUCGAAGCUCUGCAGAUUUGCUGUCUAUUGCUUCCACCACCAAAUCGCAGAAAACUUCAACUUUUAUUGCGCAUGAUCUCUCGGAUGAGUGAAAAUGUUGAUAUGCCACGACUUCAUGAUUCAAUAGGCACUAGAUCUUUGAUGAUACAGACAUUUUCUCGAUGUAUACUGCGCUGUGAGAAAGAAGUGGAUCUAGAUGAGUGGCUUGCCAUAAGAUUAGUUUCCUUUCUAAUGGAUCACCAACAGGAAAUUUUAGAAGUCCCUAUAUAUUUACAAAUUGCAGUUCAAGAUCACAUUGAAACAUUAAAAACUACUCAGAUGGAAUGUCUUGAAGAAGAACUGAGCACCAUAUUUCCAAGUUAUUCCUAUUGCAUGAGGAUUACAUCUCAGGAAUUUGACGAACAGAAGAUUUCUGUAUCUCAGGCAGCAGUAGCUGAACUUUUGGAAAACAUUAUUAAAGAUAGAAAUUUAUCUCUGAAAGAGAAGAAGAAAAAACUUAAACAGUUCCAGAAGGAAUAUCCAGAGAUUUAUCGGAGCAGAUUUCCAACUUCGGAAAGUGAAGCUGUCUUGUUCGAUCACAAGCCUACAAUUAAACAGCCAAUACUUAGCUUGAGAAAGUCCAAACACGUUAGCAUGAAAAGUUAA